AAACCAAACAAACAAAUAAGUCUAACAGAGUGUGAGAGAGAGAUAAGAUUUAAGGAAUAAUAAAAACAUACAUAAUAAAUCAACGUUGGUUUUUCUCUAUCAUAGUCAAACAUCAUUAGUUUCCGGAUUCUGAAUCCUUGUUUCUGCCCAAAACUGAAACUCAAUUCAAUACCAUGAGUUCCUCAACCACAGUGAGGAAGCUAGAGGUUGUGUCCCCUGUUCCUGCGGACAUAGACAUUGCUAACUCUGUUGAACCUGUUCACAUAUCCGAGAUUGCCAAAGACCUCAACCUCAGUCCCAAUCACUAUGAUCUUUACGGAAAAUAUAAGGCCAAGGUUUUGUUGUCAGUUCUUGACGAGCUUCAAGGAUCGCAAGAUGGGUAUUAUGUUGUGGUCGGAGGCAUUACUCCAACUCCUCUCGGGGAAGGGAAAUCUACUACCACAGUGGGGCUCUGUCAAGCUUUAGGUGCUUUUCUUGAUAAAAAGGUAGUCACCUGCGUUCGUCAACCAUCACAAGGACCUACUUUUGGCAUUAAAGGAGGUGCAGCUGGUGGUGGCUAUAGCCAAGUUAUACCCAUGGAUGAAUUCAAUCUCCAUCUAACAGGAGAUAUUCAUGCAAUAACUGCAGCAAACAAUCUUCUAGCUGCUGCAAUUGAUACACGGAUUUUCCACGAGUCAACACAGUCGGAUAAGGCUCUUUUUAACCGACUGUGCCCUCCAAACAAAGAAGGGAAAAGGAGCUUCAGUGAUGUCAUGUUCAGGCGUCUUAAGAAGCUUGGCAUUUCAAAGACCAAUCCAGAUGAUCUUACACCAGAAGAAGUAAAUAAAUUUGCAAGGCUUGAUAUUGACCCGAAUUCUAUUACGUGGAGGAGAGUGAUGGACAUCAAUGACCGAUUCUUGAGAAAAAUUACUAUUGGGCAGGGACCUGAUGAGAAAGGAAUGGUAAGAGAAACAGCAUUUGAUAUUUCAGUUGCUAGUGAGAUAAUGGCUGUUUUGGCACUGACAACAUCCUUAGCUGAUAUGAGAGAGCGACUUGGGAAAAUGGUUAUUGGAAAUAGCAAGAGUGGUGACCCUGUCACUGCUGAUGAUCUAGGUGUUGGAGGUGCCUUGACAGUUUUAAUGAAGGAUGCCAUCCACCCUACUCUUAUGCAGACCCUGGAAGGAACUCCUGUUCUUGUUCAUGCAGGUCCAUUUGCAAAUAUUGCUCAUGGGAAUUCUUCCAUUGUUGCUGAUAAGAUUGCACUGAAGUUGGUUGGACCGGGUGGAUUUGUAGUUACUGAAGCUGGUUUUGGUGCUGAUAUUGGAGCCGAAAAGUUUAUGAACAUUAAGUGUCGUUAUAGUGGUUUGACACCUCAAUGUGCAAUUAUUGUGGCAACAGUAAGGGCACUAAAAAUGCAUGGUGGAGGGCCAGCUGUUGUUGCUGGAAAACCUCUUGAUCAUGCAUAUUUGACUGAAAAUGUUGCCCUGGUUGAGGCUGGUUGUGUGAAUAUGGCACGACAUAUAUCAAAUACAAAAUCCUACGGUGUAAAUGUUGUUGUUGCUAUCAACAAGUUUUCAACUGACACUGAAGCCGAGCUAAAUGCAGUUAGGAGUGCUGCUUUAGCUGCUGGAGCUUAUGAUGCUGUAAUUUGUUCCCAUCACGCACAUGGUGGCAAAGGAGCUGUUGACCUGGGCAUUGCAGUUCAAAAAGCUUGUGAGAAUGUGACACAGCCAUUGAAGUUCCUGUAUCCAUUGGAUCUGAGUAUAAAAGAGAAAAUAGAGGCAAUAGCAAAGUCAUAUGGAGCCAGUGGCGUUGAGUACUCUGAGCAGGCUGAGAAGCAGAUUGAGAUGUAUAGCAAGCAAGGAUUUUCUGGUCUUCCAAUCUGCAUGGCUAAGACUCAGUAUUCUUUCUCAGACAAUGCUGCAGCAAAAGGAGCUCCAAGUGGGUUUGUCUUACCCAUAAGAGAUGUAAGAGCUAGUAUAGGUGCUGGGUUUAUUUAUCCUUUAGUUGGAACAAUGAGUACAAUGCCAGGGCUUCCAACGAGGCCAUGCUUCUAUGACAUCGAUAUUGAUACAACAACUGGAAAAGUCACUGGUCUCUCAUAAACCUCAAGUCAUUCACCCUAUGGCAUACCAAAAGCUUUCUGCAUCAUUUACAUAUAUCUCUUUGUGAUGUUCAUCAAUGUCAUGUCGCAGUAGCAUUCCUCCUUGAUGUUUUCUUCGUGUUUUUUUGCAUUGUUGGGGGUCUGUAUGAAUGAGAUAAAUAAUUUAAGGAGAGAAUUUUAUAUCUGUUUUCUUGUAUCUUUUUCUGAUAUGCAACUGAAUUGAUGUAAAUUCCUGGUGACUGAUACUUGUCAUGCACACUGCAAAUGGAGAAGUUUAAGUUUCAUCA